AUUAAAAAUUAUCCGUAGACAUUACCUAUGAUGAUCUAAAGUCUUCAAAAGACUCCCAUACCCUAUUAUAUUCUAAUAAUUCAACCAACACAAUCAUUAAAGAGGUAAAGGACUCCACUAGUCUACAGAGACCCCAUUUCUUCAUACUCAUCUCAUUGAAAAACCUCACCAACAACUGCUAAUUUCUAGUCUCUAUAUAACUCUUUAGAUCUCUUCAUCUGUUUCCAUAGUGUUUAGAUCUCUAGCUAGCAUCAGUUUGUUUCAAUGGCAAUUGGGAUGGUGUUGAUGAAAUGCAUGUUUAUGAUGGUUUUGAGUGUGGGUUUUGUGAAAUCAGACAUAGAUAAAGAUAGAGAAGAGUGUACCACACAAUUAGUUGCGGCUGCUCCAUGCCUACCUUAUGUUGGUGGAACGGCUAAAGCCCCGACACCGGAUUGUUGUACUGGUUUUAAGCAAGUUCUUACUACUAGCAAGAAGUGUCUUUGUAUUGUUAUCAAAGACAGGAAUGAUCCUUCUCUUGGUCUUAAAAUUAACGCUACUCUUGCUUUGGGUCUUCCUGCAAUUUGUAAAACCAAUUAUCGCAGUUCUGAGUGCCCCGCUCUACUGCACUUGCCUCCCAAUUCACCUGAUGCGAAAGUGUUUGAGGAUUUUAAUAAAAUUGCUAAUGGUACUACUACUGCUACUCCACCGGCGGCGGCAUCCAAGGAAACUCCAAAGAGUGGCAGCAGUAAUGCAGGAGGAUCAAGUCCACCACCGAAGAAUAAUGGUGGAAUGAAAUUAAAUAGUUGGUUGGGUUUGAAAAUGGUGGGUGGCGUUCUUUUAUGGUGUUGUUUAACAUCAUAUUAUUGAUUGCGGAUGAUGUCUUAAGUGAUUUAGUUAGAAAGUUGAGUUUAUUUAAAGUUCAUGUUAUCUCUUGUAUUAAAUUAACAUGUUGAUGUUGGUUUAUAUUGACAAGCUAUCAAAUCAAACAGUGUGAUUUGCUAAUUGUAUGUGUUCUGUUCCAUAUUAUGCUCUCAGGGAACUCUGACUCUGAGUAUGAGAAAUUUGCUUCUCACAUUUUA